AUGGCAUCAGUCAAAAAAGCUCCAAAAUAUCAAAAUAUCAUUAAAGAAAAUAAACAUUCCAGGCAAUUCAUUGCUCUUUUGCAUAACUCUGUCCCGCAAGCAAGAUGUCCUCCAACAAAUAAUUUCCAGCCAAAUGAUCAAACACGUCUUCAACAGAACCAAGAGAAUCACAGUCAAGUAUGCCAUCCAGACUGAAGCUUGGAAUCGUACCUACCUGGAUGGUAGCGUCUAGGAAGAAUUUAGCAAAGCUAUAGAAAAUGUCGAUAUUCCUGCCGGCGCCACAACCGCCAUUUUAGCGUGAGUAACUUUCUCCUGCAAUAUUGAGCUUCGCGAUUGAAUGCUGACACGGAGCUCAGUGAAAAGGAGCACCCGAGCCCGAGUGAUAAUAAGAGUCACUUUACCAUUAUCUUUGAGGACGACGACGGCAAGUAUGUUUCGAUCAAUCACGUGUAUCCUUUGAGUCCAAGGUGUUAGGCUGGCGAAGGAGUGGGAGGACAUGGAGGAAUAUGUAUCUGGAAGCACACUCUUGGUGAACUUGGGAUUUGGACCCUCGUCUAUGUGUUUCUGA